AUGAGUGAAACACCAACAUAUUCUUCUGCAGUACUGGUAGACAACCAUCAUGAGUGGAAAGUAAACAAAAUCUUGAACAACAAAGCAUGCUACUGCAAGAGAUAUUACCUAGUGAAGUGGAAAGAAUUCUCUAUUGAGAAAUUAAUGUGGGAAUCUGAGAAAAAUCUCAAAAAUACACAAGAAACUCUUAAGAAUUACCUAAAGAAAAGACAAAAUUACAAGAAGACAAACAAAUCUACAUACAGAAAGAAAGAUAAAUAUAAGCAAGACUUGGAAGUUGCAGAUAUGUUUGAUAUAACAACAGACAGAACAAUAAUGGAAAAUACAAUUACAGAGAAAGACAUUACAGACAAAAAGGUAUAA